AAAGAACCUUUGCAUGGAAAACGUGAACGUAAAUGAGAAGAACAUUGUGGCUGAUACAAGUUUAUAGUAAUUGACUUUGUAUACUCAAAAACAAUUUUUUAUAUUGACCUUUUGAGGACAUAUUAAAAAGCAUGUCAAUUGUUCAUCAUAGAAGAAGAGUUGUUUCAACAUGCGGUUGCUGGCAAUGGAAGAAGUUGAAAAAGCGAACACCACCGAAGAGUGAAAUAAAAUUCUAUAAUCCGAUUAUUCAUUCCGACAGCAGUUCAGAUUCUGCAGAAUUUGAAGAAGAAUCAUUCUCUGAGAUGACUUCUUUAACAUCAGAUACUUUUAGUGCAGCAGGGUCAGAGAGUGGUGCAGCUAAACGUCAACCGCAGGCGUUCAAGAAGAAGGAUGUCGGUUCGAAAAGAGGAGGCUUACGUUCUGGGUACGAAGCAAAACGUCAACAUAUUCCGAAACAAUCGGGUGAACUAGUGACUGAAGAGGGCGAUAUCUUAUCGCCGAUUCAAGAAAAUUUAGGAUGGUUGAAAGCUAAAAAUUUACGGACUAAACGAAUCGGAUGGAUAGCCAAAGUUUAUGUUCAAAAGAUGGUUAGUAAAAAAUUCGAAAUGAUUAAAAUACAAAUAGUAAGCAAACAGAAUGAGAAUGAGGAAACUAAUGAGAUGGAUUGUCAAUCACAUCGUACGUCUAAAAGUAAUUUGCAUUCUAGAGAUGAGGAUGUUGCUAGUGCUGAAAUAGUUAAAGAAGAUCCUGUUGAUCAGGCAUCAAAAUUGUCUAUUUGCAAUUCUCAAAAAGUGGAUAUUAUGUCAGAGGAGCCCUUUACACAACUUAGGAGGUUGCAACUGGAAGCUAAGAAAAUUUCACAAAAUCCCUCAUUAGAAAGGACUGAACCUAUCGUUGCGUCAACAAAUGAAACUGAAGUAAAAGAGUCACUCAUAGCUGAUGAUAAACUGUCACUCCAUCAAAGUCAAAUGGAAUCUGAAAAAAACUCUGCGAUUAGUAGGUCAUUACUUGACGUAUCUGAAACGUGCGUGAAACAUGAGGGAUGUAAUGAGAUUGUUUCUCAUUCCCCGGCAUCCCCAACAAUCUCUAUUCAUUCUCUACCUGAAAAGAAAACUCAAAGUCAUAAAGAUGAAAGCGGAAUUUAUCAAUCACUAAUGUUUGAGUCAAGAGCUACACCCUCUGAAAAAUCUCCACGAGGAGAUCGUAUUGAAGAGUUUUUGAACGACACAAUGGAAGCCCAGAAUGGGAAAUGGGAAGAAUCAAGCGACAAGUCCACUUGUCGAGAAAAAGCAACUAGGCCGUCAAGACCUCCGUCAAUAAGUAAAUGUGCGACGGCUGCUCAAUACGCAGAUAGACAAAAACACAGGAGACGUUCAAAGCUAGAUGGUGGUUCCAACAAAGUGCUCUCAUCAGGUAACUGUCAAAGAUGCGUUUGCGAUAGCGAACGAAAUCUUCCGACCCGAAGAAGCUCUUCUAAACCGAGAAAACAACAUCAUCAUCGUGAUAUUGAAAGCAACCGUAAAAUGCGAGAGGAGCAGAGUAGUCAGUUGAGCUCAAAAAAGCACCAUUCCAAGUUACCAGAUAGAAGAGAAUUUAACCAACAAACUCAAAGGAUGAAUAGAGACAGAAGCACUAAACCAGUAACGAGUAGCAGUCAUCGUAGCUCUAGUAGGCCUAAACAACCACCACCAAGACCACCACCUUCUUGGAAAUUGUACGAACGUGCCCGAAGUCUUGAAAGACAGUAUAGAUCAAUGGCGUCUAAAAUGAACGAAUUGUGUUUACGAGAAAAUCGCGAAAUUGAUAACCGAAAAUAUGAUGAAAAUAAACACAAACAAACCACGCAAGAACAGCAAGCGUCUUAUAACAAAAAAUCUAAAACUUUUUCACCUUUAAAAUAUGUUAAGCCUCCACUAAGUCCGCCUGAUCUUAAAUCUUUAAUGCGAAAGGAGACAGCACAAAUGCAAAAAUAUGCAUGCGACAAAACGGAAGGUGAAUUUAAUAAUUAUUCAAAACUUAAAAAACAUAAAAGUCCAUCGAAAGAACCUGUUGACGAAGAACUAUUUUAUCCGAAACAAGCAACGAAAACAAGUACCUGGAAUGAUAUAACCCAACUCUCAAGAAUUAGCGAAGAUGACUCAGAAAGUAAUCAUUAUAGCCGAAUAAAAAAUCAACAUAGUGACAGUGAUACUCAUAAAUAUUCAAGUGCUUCUGGUUUUCAUGAUAAAAUUAAAUCAAACGAUGCGUCUGAAAAUAUUAAUUGCAGUGACAAUAAACUGAAAGAGAAGUCCCAAUCAUCUUGGAAGCAAGAAAAUUUAGAGGCAUUUAUAAAGAAUACUGACUUUUUUCCCGAAGUACCUAGUGAAACUCGAGAAACUCCAAAUACAGCUGAUGAUAGCUCCAGAAUAAGUUAUCCAGUAAAACGAGGGGUUUAUGACAAUAAAAAACAGCCUCCUAUUCCAAGUAAAAGCUCUCAUGCGUCUGAACUGACAGAAUAUUCAAAACUUACAUUGCCUCCGAAAAAAGCAAAGUCCGAAGUGCAAAAUCAAUCAGUUUUGCCACCACCCGUUCCACCAAUCCUAAGGUCAGGAAAAUGUCCAGCCAAUAAAAUUUUUGUUGUUCGACAAGAAUUUAUACCAUUUAAUCCAGGACAAAUAAGAUUACGAAGAGGAGAUUACUUGAAAAGACUUGGAACGGACCCUCUUCGUCGAGGAUGGUCAUAUGGCAUGCUUUCUUGUGGAAAAGCUGGAUAUUUUCCCGAUAGUUGUGUAAAACCAGCAAUUGUAAAGCGUCCAGCGUGA